AUGCGCCCGCCGAUUGUGCCCGGGCAGGAAUUGCUGCACAGUGCUCCUCGCCUACCCGAAAACCAUCCUCACAUGGAGAGCACGGACAGCGAGUCUGACUUCGCAGAGCAGGUGGACGAUCAGAUCAAUGACCUUGCGCGUCGUGUCACCUCGAUCUCGGUCGCCCGCGGCGCGCAAAUAUUACCAAAGCCUACGGACGAUGCGCUGGACCCCAACAGCCCGGACUUUGAUGCCAAGACGUGGGUGAGAGCCUUCUAUAAUAACCAAACAGAAGCAUUGAGCGGAAGCCCACCGAACUCAGCAGGCCUGGCCUUCAAAGACCUCAACGUCUUCGGCCAAAAGGCCGAAGCGGAACACCAAAGGACGGUCGAAGACUUCCUGUAUGGACCCCUAGAGGCCGCUCGCCGGCUUGUGGGCUCCAGAAAGCAACAGCGCAUCGAUAUUCUGCAAGAUCUAGAAGGUGUCAUGAACAGUGGUGAGAUGCUCUGCGUUCUGGGUCCCCCAGGAUCGGGGUGUUCCACUUUUCUGAAAACUAUUGCGGGCGAGACAUACGGGUUCGAGGUUGCUGACGGCAGCACACUCAACUAUCAAGGCCUGGGGAAAGCAGACAUCGAAAAGGCUUUCAAAGGAGAGGCUAUCUAUACCGCCGAAGUGGAUUAUCACUUCCCAAAACUCACCGUUGGUGAGACUCUGUAUUUCGCCGCUCGAGCUCGAUGCCCGACCAAGUUGGCAGACUAUAAACACCAAUAUGCAGAGCAUCUUCGGGAUGUGGUUAUGGCAAUGUUGGGCAUUUCACACACGAAGAAUACUCGCGUGGGGGACGACUUUAUCCGGGGCGUCAGUGGAGGUGAGCGCAAACGGGUGAGUAUUGCGGAAGCUAUUCUGAGCUAUUCACCGUGGCAAUGCUGGGAUAAUAGUACUCGCGGUCUGGAUUCGGCCAACGCGGUCUCAUUUUGUCGCACGCUCCGUCUUCAGUCGGAGACGUUUGGCAGCAGUGUAUGCGUAGCCAUUUACCAAGCUCCACAAGAAGCGUAUGAUCUCUUCGACAAAGUCAUUCUUCUUUAUGAAGGUCGACAGAUAUUUUUCGGCAAGACAUCAGAAGCCAAAGCAUACUUCCAGGGCUUAGGUUUUCACUGCCCGGCGCAGCAGACCACGCCUGACUUUUUGACCUCGAUGACAAGCCCCUCUGAGAGGAUUGUUAAAUCUGGCUGGGAAGGGAAGACACCUCGUAGUCCCGAGGAAUUCGCUCGUGCUUGGCGCGAAAGCCAACACCGUCAAUGCCUCCUGAAAGAAAUUGAAGCAUUCGAGAAACGCUUUCCCAUCGGUGGUACUCAAUCCGAGCAGUUUCGCGAGGCCAGGACAGCCCAGAAAUCGAGGUCACUUCGCGCAGCCUCUCCAUUCACGCUUUCUCUGACCAACCAGUUUCUCCUGAAUCUUUGGCGGAGCUACCGACUAUUAAUCGCUGAUCCUUGGUUUUGGGUUACAUUACUGUUCGCUAAUUUCUUCGAAUCAAUUGUCGUCGCCAGCAUCUUUUACAACAUGCCCCAAGAUAGCUCUAGUAUGUUUCGUCGAAACCUUCUGAUCUUCUACGGCCUCAUGAUCAAUGUCUGGACUGCCGCCCUAGAGGUCCUCACUCUCUACUCCAAGAGAAAGAUCGUCGAAAAGCACGUACGGUACGCACUCUACCAUCCCAGUAUGGAGGCUUUGGCAUCCAUUGCGAUGGACAUUCCAUUUAAGCUCGUCAACGCGGUUUGUAUCAAUGUUACUCUCUAUUUCAUGUGCAACCUUCGACGAGAGCCGGGGCCCUUCUUCUUCUUCUACCUCCUUGCCUUCACUAUCACUAUGACCAUGUCCAUGUUCUUCCGGUUCCUCGCCUCUGUCACGAAAACCGUCUCUCAAGCUCUCGCACCAUGUGCGAUCGUCAUCCUCGGUCUCAUGUUAUAUGGCGGCUUCAUCAUUCCCCAAGCCUAUCUGGAUGACUGGAUUGGCUGGCUGCGGUGGAUAAAUCCUUUAUUUUACGUCCAGGAGAGUCUUUCCCUUAGUGAGUUUGUUGGGCGUAAGUUCUCCUGCGUAGAAUUUGUUCCCAGCGGCCCUGGCUACGCGACAGGUUCCAUCCCACCUUUGGGUCAAGUAUGCUCCGUCGAGGGGUCUGUCGCUGGUGAGGGUUUCGUUGAUGGUAGCGUCCAUCUCCGCGUGAUGUACGGAUUUAUCGACAGCCACCGCUGGCGCAACUUCGGCAUUCUUAUUGUCCUAACUGCCUUUUUCCUUGUGAUCCAUUUAAUAGCGGUGGAAUUAAUCUCCUCGGAGCGCUCGAAGGGUGAAAUUCUCGUCUACCCACGCCAGGUCCUCAAAAUACACGGCACUGGUGGCCAUGAUGAGGAGAAGAUGUGUUCUACAUCAGAGGUUCGGUCUCAGGAACGAUACAUUCAGACCAAUGAGGUCAAAGGCAUUGAGAAACAAACAUCUGUCUUCCACUGGCAAGAUGUUUGUUACAGCAUUCAGAUCAAGAAAGAGACUCGGACCAUUCUUGACCAUGUGGAUGGGUGGGUGAAGCCAGGCACAUUGACGGCGUUGAUGGGAGUUUCGGGGGCUGGAAAGACAACCCUUUUGGACGUGUUAGCGAGCCGGGUAACAAUGGGUGUCAUUUCAGGACGAAUGCUGGUUGACGGCCAGCCUCGAGACUCUUCUUUCCAGCGGAAGACCGGGUAUGUUACCCAACAAGAUCUAAACCUUCACACAUCAACAGUCCGUGAAGCCUUACAGUUCAGCGCGCUGCUGCGGCAGCCAGCUCGGUACAGCCGCCAAGAAAAGCUCGACUACGUGAACGAGGUGAUCAGGUUGGUUGACCUCGAGGACUGUGCAGAUGCCGUGGUCGGGUGUACAGGCGAGGGUCUCAAUGUCGAGCAGAGGAAACGCUUAACUAUAGGUGUUGAGUUGGCAGCACGCCCAGAGCUCUUGCUGUUUCUCGAUGAACCAACCUCUGGUCUUGAUAGUCAGACAUCAUGGGCCAUCUGUGACCUGAUGGAGAAGUUGACGAGGAAUGGUCAAGCAAUCCUCUGUACAAUCCACCAGCCCUCGGCAGCCCUAUUUCAACGCUUUGACCGUUUGCUUCUGCUGGCCAAGGGUGGACGCACGGUGUACUUCGGGGAGGUGGGCAAGGAAUCAUCGACCCUGCUUGACUAUUUCACCCGGAACGGAGCUCCGCAAUUCAGACCCGGAACCAACCCAGCGGAAUACAUGCUUGAGGUCGUUGGAGCUAUCACAAAGCACGGGAGCAAUAUUGACUGGCCGAGUGUUUGGCGCGCAAGUCCCGAAUAUCAAGAUGUACGUCGCGAGCUUGAUCGGCUGUCGUGUCAAGGCCAAGGCAGAUCCGCGGAUGCCGAUCCCGCAGCAUUGGCAGAAUUUGCUGCGAGCUUUCCUACCCAGCUAGUGCAGGUCACAAAGCGUGUGUUUCAGCAAUAUUGGAGAACCCCCAGCUAUAUUUUCUCCAAGAUUAUUCUAAGCGCUGGCUCGGCCUUGUUCAUCGGGCUGUCUCAGGUCAAUGGGGAUGUCUCACAACGUGGUCUGUUCAAUCAGAUGCUAGCGACCUAUAUCUUUCUUUUUAUUUUCAGUCAAGUAGUUGAACAGAUCUUGCCUAUGUUCGUUUCUCAGCGCACCCUUUAUGAAGCCCGGGAGAGACCCGCUAAAGCGUACUCGUGGGUUGCCUUCCUUGCUGGAAAUAUCAUUGUGGAGCUGGCGUGGAACUCGCUUAUGGCGAUUUUCUCCUUCCUUUUCUGGUACUUUCCAAUGGGUCUCUAUCGCAACGCCGAGUGGACGGAUGCUGUCCAUUCGCGUGGUAUCACGAUGUGUCUGCACCUUUGGAUAUUCUUCGCGUUUACCAGUACAUUUGCGAACAUGCUCAUUGCUGGCAUUGAGACUGAGCAAGUCGCCGGCGGAUUCCUAAAUUUCUUCUUCAACAUCAUGUUUGCUUUUGCAGGUAUUCUUGCCGGGCCUGGUGAACUCCCAGGGUUCUGGAUAUUUAUGUACCGCGUCAACCCGUUCACUUACGUGAUGGAAAGCUUUCUUGGCACUGCCCUCGCCGAUGCCCCUGUUACUUGCACGGCCAGCGAGCUUGUCCACUUUCAAGCACCUGGGGGAAUGUCUUGCGGGGAGUACGUUGAGCCAUACAUCGCAGAGAAGGGAGGGUAUCUUCUCGACAACAGCACCAGCAGCUGCAGCUUCUGCGGCAUGGCCAACAGCAACUCCUUCUUAGCUGAUAUGAACUUAAGCUUUGACAACAGGUGGCGAGAUUUUGGAUUCAUGUGGGCAUUCUGUGUCUUCAACAUCGCUGCUGCAGUUGGAUUGUACUGGCUUAUGCGUGUUCCCAAGAGGCCGGCUCGGCAGUGA